AACCAUUGAAUCCGAUGAACAUCGAACUAAUCCCCAUCUGUGCGUGUUUCAAAUCUCUGCGAUAUCAACUCUCCCAUGGCGGACAAUGACCAAAACUCGGAAGUCAAAGAUUCUCCAUCAGUUUCAGCAUCUUAUCUGGAAGUAAAUUGCAUAAGUUCAAGCAAGAUCAGGCGAUUUUCUGUUGGUACGGAGGCCGGAUUUGCAUUGAAUUUAAUCAACAGAAAGAUAAAUGAUGGAUUGCCGCUGGCUUUGUAUAUUGAAGCAGUUAAAGAAGGGGAAGAGCCCAUCAGUUUUGGUCCUAAUUCGGUUCUUAUAUGCCAUGGCCAUGGCUGGAAGCUGCAGACAGUUACUGAACCAGAAGGAGGUGCAAGAGCUAGGGCAAGUGCCAGGAGAAGAGAUAAAUAUGAAUCAUCUCCACCGGGCUUGGAUGACUUACAUUCAACAAAAGGACUAUUACCAUCGGUUAUCGGUGUCGGGUACAUAGCGAAAGUCGUGCUGGCUUUUGUCUUGCUUUUUGUGCUCGGUGCAAUUUUCACGUUAGCUCUUGAGAACCUCCCCAGACUUCUACUUUUUAUCAACUCUUCAAUAUGAUUUUUACGAGGGAUGCUUGACGUGGCACCAUGUGGGCUCCAUCCGUCAUGUACUGAAGUGCAAGCGGGUAUCAUGGGCAUCAUCGUCUUUAACAUUGUAGCAGUCGAUAAUGUUGGACUUUUGGAUCUUUCGAGCUGCUAAUGCUAUGGAUCCUGGUGAGUUAUCCUGUAUCUUUGUCCUGGUGGUGUAGUACUCCGUUAAGAGUACUAUCACUUUCUCCCAUUCUUGAAAUCUCUCCAGGUUGGAGAGAUUAAAAGACGGGUGAAUCCACUUCGGACUAAACUUACUUGAAAGGGCCAUAUUCGAUUUAAUUAGGUAUAAUCGUGUGUGUGUGUGUCUAUUGGAUCGUAAAUAUGUUUAAGUAUCCCGUUUAUAUAUGGUAUAUUUUGUAAUCUCAAUAUUGCAAUGGUUGAUUCUAUUUAUACACCCCCACCAUUCUA